ACAGGAUGUACUGGAAAGCUGGGGUGGGGCAUAAAACGAGAGGAAAGGGGUUUAAAAGCAGAGACAGCUGCGCAGCACGCUGGCCGGGCCUAACGAGAAGACAAACGGGCCACAGGAGACAAGAGGAAGUCCACACACUCGUUUUUUUUUUAUUGUUUUUCUUUUUGAGAGAACUCUGAUUAUGUAACCAAAAGAGCUGUUGCUUCACUCAGGGCCGUAAAUCUAUUUUCGGUGUGAACCAGUGUUCCUCUUUAACACUCUGAGAACACGGGGCGAGAGCCGCCACCGUAUACUGUUGGUCUCAUCUCUCCGUCGGUAAGCACCAGCAGGCGUUAUGGAUCUGCAGCGUUUCCUGUGCUGGAAAGUUGUGCCACUUCUCCUCUUGUGGCCGGGUAGAUUUUGGUGCAUGUCGGUGCACAUCGUCAACGAGCAGCCGGUGCACGUGAUCCCAGGCGCCACGCUGGUUCUCACCGCCCGCAUCCAGAAGGAUCCCCGGGAAGAGAUCUCCACGAUAACCUGGGCACGGGAGCCUGAAACUGGAACCGAUCGGACAAAAGUGACGCUGGCCACAUGUCCUGCCAGAGGCCCAAAGUGUUCUGGUGGCGGGCCAGAUGUGCAGAUGAGCCUGGAGCAGCAGGAGACGACGCUCCAGGUUAACAGCUACACCUCAGCAGACAGCGGCGAGUACUCGGUGACUGUGACGGACGGCUCAGGAGGGAAUGCCACCGGGCGCUGCAUCGUCCGGGAGUACGAGGCUGUCCAUCAUGUCUCCGUCAGCAUCAACACGUCUCACUCCUCGCUGAUUUGCCACGAGGCGUGGGGGACGGACCCCAGCUUCAGCUGGCUGCACGAGAGAGCUGCCAUCACCCAGCAGGUGGGGAGGGUGUCCAAGGACGGAAGCAUGCUGUUUGUGACCAUGACUCCCAUUUGUGGCCACUUCACCUGCAUGGUGGGCAACAGGCUGGGAUACAGUUCUGCCACAUACACAGCAGCACCUUGUGAAAGCGGGGGCAGAGGGACGACGGUCGCCGUGGUUUGUCUUGUCCUCCUGCUGCUGGUGUGUGGAGCAGCGCUGGCAUUUCUCCUGUGGAGGAGGCGCACGGAGAAUAACAGAGGAGAGAGGCUGUACGAACACGCGGACGACACGGCCUAAAGAAAAAAAAAAAGAAAAAGAGAAAGUCCUGAGGUGUUGCUGAAAAGUCUCAGAGGAGAAGAGUGGAUGAAGCGCACAGUGAGGGUGGGAACUUCCUGCCCUGUGGCCUGUGUGACCUCACGCUGCACGGGAACAAUGUGGCGAGGGAACUGCUUUCAGACAAAUGUCGAAAAUAGCCACAAGUGGAUGUUUGGCUCCGCAGUGCCUCCUGCUUUGCCUGAUUUUUUAUUUAAUUUUUUCCAAUGGAACUUAAUUUUAUUUCUCAAAUUGUGUAUAAAUGUGCUGUAUUGCUCUCAACUGGAAUCCCUUUACAUGAUGUAACAGAAACAUUAUGUUCUAUUUAUUUGCACACACUGCUGUUUGUCAGGAAAUAGAAAGUUUUAAAAGGA